CAAGAUUAAAAAAUAUAUUUGUAACACAAAAUAUUUGCCAUAUCUCAACAUUUUAAAUUCUAUUUACAUGAUUUACUUUUGCGGGCCAUGUUUAUUCCAAUCCAAAUUUAGCCCCGCGGGUCGCAAGGUUGACACCUAUGAUCCACUGGACCCCGCCCCUUCUAGCAUGUGUCAAUCAAAGCGAGUCAGGCCCCGCCCCUGCUCGGCCGCACGUCUCGCGCCAGUUGAGCGGAGCGAGUAAAUAACGAGAAGCCUCAAGAUGGCUGACUCGCUGAGCUCCGUCCGCCUCGGCAGCGGAGCCGCGGCGUCAGCCCUCAUCAAGAGCCCGAUCUCCAAGCCGUCGGAGACGAAGAGAGCCCCGGAGAUCCGCCCGCAGUCUUCCCGGGACUUGAACGCACCGCCGCCCAAGAAGCACCGAGUCGAGGACAGGAGCGUCAAACCAAAGAAAGUCGUCCGGGAUGGAGGGCUGCUUGGAGGCAACUGUAGCGGGAGAGAGAAACUCCAGCAGCCAGCGAAGCAGCCGAGUCUCGCGGCCGGUUUGUGGAGCCUCAGCCCGGCUAGCGCGAGCGCCGCUUUGGUCCACACAAUCGGCGGAAACCAAGCACCCGCCGCUACUCACAAAAUCCUGAAACAGAGCGAUUUCUUCCUCCACAAGGCGCCUAAAAACAAGAAACCGAGCAAGGAUAAACAGCGGGAGAAGGGAGACGUGAAAAAGAAACUAUUCGUCUCGUCCAGCAACAGCGACACGAGCAGACUUAACCACACUUCUGUCACGAAAAGACAAAAUGGGGACCUCACAUCGCUGCAAAAAGACCUCUUCAACAAGGGCAAAACUAAAGAGCGUGAGCAAGGGGAGCGUGAGGAGAAGAAGCACAAAGUGAUGAACGACGUUAAGCAGGAGAACGGAGAGGUCAAGCAACCAAUUAAAGAUGGCGUGAAAGCCAAAAUUAACGCGGAGCUGCAAAUCAAAAAAGUCAAGAAGAAAAAAAAGAAGAAACACAAAGAAGGGGAAAAGCACAAGCGGGUGAAGAUGUACCACCGCUCGUGCCAAACCGUUUGUGCCGGCCUGCUCCUCCUCCCGUCUCCUACUCAGGACGGCGUCCCGUCUCCGUUUAAAUCGCCUUUGCCUGUUUACCCUUCGCCCAACAACAAAAACGCAUACCUCCACCCGUCUUUUUUUACCUCCUCUCCGCACAAGAGCCCGCAACCUUCCCCGAACAAGCACCCGGCGCGGUAUAUCCAUCCCAGCCUGUCGGGUUUGGAGUUUGCUCCUUAUAUUCACGUUGAGACUCAGCCUAACGGUGGCGCUCUGGUGGCGCACGCGUACGCCGCACAGCUAUCGUCCCUCUCCAUGGGCCAGAGGCAGAGGUUCGCUCAGGAGUUUGUCAACUUAGCGUUCAGCGAAGACUCAUCGCAGGCUGCACAUUACGUCAUGGGUAUCGUCCACGGCGAAGCCUCAUAUCUGCCGGAUUUUCUUGACUACUUCUCCACUAAGUUCUCAUCGGCACCGGUCAAAAUGGAGAUUUUGGGAAAGAAGGACAUAGAAACGACGACAAUGGCUAAUUUCUACUCUCAGGUGAAAAGAACCUAUAGCCACGGUACGUACCGAGCCGGGGCAAUGAGGCAGAUUAGCCUCGUGGGCGCUGUGGACGAGGAGGUGGGCAACUUCUUCCCAGAAUUCCUUGGAAUGCUAGAGGAGUCUCCCUUCCUGAAGCGUACUCUUCCUUGGGGAACGUUGUCCAGCCUCAGCCUGAUGAAUCCUAACGAAAGCGAUGACGGGCCCAUUAUGUGGGUGAGACCGGGAGAGCAGAUGAUACCCGUAGCGGACAUACCAAAGUCUCCUUUUAAAAGAAAACGCUCCACCAACGAGGUGAAGAACCUUCUACAGUCCCUACCCAGAACCAGCGAACCCAGAGAGUUGCUCUUCGAAGACAGGACACGAGCGCACGCUGACCACAUCGGCCAGGGUUUCGAGCGUCAAACCACGGCGGCAGUCGGCGUGCUGAAGGCCGUAUGCUACAAAGAAGGUUCGGAACCCCCUCGUGUAACCAAAGACGUCGUGUGCUUCCACGCUGCUGAUUUCCCAUACGUGGUUCAGCGGCUGCAGUUGGAUUUGUAUGAACCGCCACUCUCACAGUGUGUGCAGUGGGUGGACGACGCCAAGCUAAACCAGCUGCGUCGAGAGGGCAUCCGCUACGCCCGCAUCCGCCUGUGCCACGACGACAUCUACUUCAUCCCGCGCAACGUAGUCCACCAGUUUAAGACCGUGUCGGCCGUCUGCAGCCUGGCCUGGCACGUCCGCUUGAGGCAAUAUGAAGAGGUGAAAGAGGACGAGCUGGAUGUCCAUGAAAGCAAAGAGGAGCAGGAGAGAAUGAAAGUAGAGGAGGAUGAAGAGUUGUAUGCAAACAGGACAUUACCGAUAGAUCCGCCGGUUUCGUCUUCGCCGACUCAUGCGUCAGACUCGGACGUAAGAGCGAGUGAUGAGAAAGAGGUUGGAAAGGAAGACGAACCCCUGCAAUGUCAGCUUUCACCUCCGAUUCAAAUCAAAGCAGAACCUCCGAAAAACGACAAACCCUCAUCACCUCCUGAGGUCAAACCAACCAAAAGCCCUCACCACAACUCCCAUCAUCAACCUCACUGUCCAGCGAGCACCGCGCCGUCUUCCACUUCAAGCGCCUCGCCAUCCUUCCGCCACACGUUAACAUCCACCAGCCCAUCUUCCUCAUCACACAGCCCUAAACCCUCACCUGACCCUCAACCGCCUCCUUCUGAAUCCACGUCUUCCCGUCUGGCCCCCACCGACUCUCCCCGCUUCAAUUCGUCCUCCGAUUUUCACGCCCCCAUCCCUUACGCCGACACACGGACUCGCCCGCCGGUGGAGAAAUGGACUCACCACGUGCAGCAAUACCCUCCUCCCAUGCCGCCUCCCCACCGCCUUUCCCAAAUGCUGCCCCCUUCCUAUCCGCCUCUUCUGCCUCAUUCCCACCUCCCUCACAGACCCUUCCUCAGCCAGCCGCCACCCCCCCACCCCGUUCACAUCACCACCCAAACCCAGCAUUACUACCCUCAAAUGUCCCCGCUCAUGUCCCCGCACCAGUUCCACCCUCACGCCAAACCCUUCUACCCAUCACACUUCCCCCCGCACCACUUCCUCCCCUACCAUUACCCGCCCGUAGCACCGGCCCCGCCUCCCCAUCCACCAUCUCACACCUUCACCCCGCCUCCCCCGCCACCCCCUGCCUCUUCAGAGUCCCCGCCGCCCCCUCUCCCGCCCCUUCCUCCGACUCAAGAAGAGGAGCAGAGUUUAUAGAAUUUUGUACUGUUUGUUGAUAAUGUUGUAAAAUGUAAAAAGGACAAGGGUUCAGUUAACACCUUUUUAUAUCUGUUUUAGAAUGUACUUGCACGUACAACUCGUUGGAACCUAAGAGCAAUGCCCGAGUUUGGGAUUUAAUAGUGAUGUCCCAAUUAGGCCUGUCACGAGAAGUUUUUGUAGGACGAUAGAAACUUUAAGUGAACUUGUCUUCAGUUUAAGUAAAUAUAUAAUAAAAUACAGGCUGGCACGGUGACAACUGAGCUAAACACCUUGACAAAGUUCAAAUUCCCGUAAUUUUCAGACUAUAAGCGGCUACUUUUCCCCCUCAUUUUGCAUUCUGCGCCUUAUAGUCCAGUGCGGCUUAUUUGUUAAUUUAUUUGGCAUAAGACUGUCAUAAGACCAUCAUAAUUGUGACAUGACACUAUCAUUGUCAACGCUGUUUUUGUCCAGCAUGCCUCCUAGUGUGCAUCGCAGCGCUACCGAUGUAAAUAACAAUCAAAUUUCAUGAUUUGUGCUAUUAUUUCUUCAGUUACUGUUCCAGUUGUUUCACUAAUAACUAGUUAUGGUAUCUGGUAACACUUUAUCUGACAGUGGCACUAGAAGACUGUCAUAAGACCGUCGUAAUUGUGACAUGACACUAUGAUGGGCACUACUGAAUGCUUAUGGCAGAUGUCAUUCAGUGUUAUUGGGCAAAUUAUGUCACAAACUCCAUUUAUGUCCAGCUCUCAUUUUGAAUAUCCAUUCCAUAGUGAGAUAAUUUGCCGGAUGACACUAAAUGACAUCUGUUAUAAGCAUUCAUUAAUGCUCAUAAAAGUGUCAUGUCAAAAUAAUGAUUGACUUUUGGCACCCCUGUCAAAUCGUGUUCCCAAAUUCCAUAACUAGCAAUUAAUGAAACAACUUGUACAGUAACUGAAGAAAUAAUUAGCACAGAACAUAAUGCAUGCAUGCUAGGAGGCAUGUUGGAUGACACCAGUGUUGUGGAGGUUGACUGUCUCCCCUAAUGGAGCUGUGGUGGCCAAAUGAAGCUUCUUGAAGCAAUUAAGGGCUGCAGCCAAGUGAUUGAAAGCUUCAUGGUGGUUCAUUUGGUCUUAUAACAGUCUUAUGAUGGCACUGUCAAAUAAAGUGUUUCCAAAUUCCAUAACUAGUGAUUAAUGAAACAAUUGGAACAGUAACUGAAGAAAUAACUAGAACACAACAUAAAUUUUGAUUGUUAAUUACAUCUGUAGCGCCGCAGUGCAUGCUAGGAGGCAAGUUGGAUGACACCAGUGUUGAGGAGGUUGACUGUCUCCCCUAAGGCCGAAUGAAGCUUCUUGACGCAAUUAAGCUUUGCAGUCAAUUGAAUGAAAGCUUCAUGGUGGUUCAUUUGGUCUUAGGACAGUCUUAUGAUACCGCUGUUAAAUAGUGUUAUCAAUUCCCAUAACUAGUGAUUAAUGAAACAAUUGGAACAGUAACUGAAGAAAUAACUAGAACACAACAUAAAUUUAGAUUGUUACUUACAUAUGUAGCGCCGCAAUGCAUGCUAGGAGGCAUGUUGGAUGACACCAGUGUUGUGGAGGUUGACUGUCUCCCCUAAGGGAGCAGUGAUGGCCGAAUGAAGCUUCUUGAAGCAAUUAAGCUUUGCAGCCAAUUGAUUCAACGCUUCAUGGUGGUUCAUUUGAUCUUAGGACAGUCUUAUGAUACCGCUGUUAAAUAGUGUUACCAAUUCCCAUAACUAGUGAUUAAUGAAACAAUUGGAACAGUAACUGAAGAAAUAAUUAGCACAGAACAUAAAUUUUGAUUGUUAUUUACAGCUGUAGCGCAGCAAUGCAUGUUAGGAGGCAAGUUGGACGACAACAGUGUUGACAUCAGGUGGCAGCAGAGGUUGACUGUCUCCCUCAAGGGAGCAGUGGUGGCCGAAUGAAGCUUCUUGAAGCAAUUAAGCUUUGCAGCUAAUUGAUUGAAAGCGUCAUAGUGGUUCAUUUGGGCUUAUGACAGUCAUAUGAUGCUGCUUUCAAAGUGUUACCAAAUACCAUAACUAGCAAUUAAUGAAAUAAGUGGAACAGUAACUGAAGAAAUAAUUAGCACAGAACAUAAAUUUUGAUUGUUAUUUACAUCUGGAACGCUGCAAUGCAUACUAGGAGGCAUGUUGGACCACAACAGUGUUGACAGCAGGAGGUAGACUGUCUCCCCCAAGGGAGCAGUGAUGGCCAAAGGAAACUUCUUGAAGUAAUGAAACCUUGCAGCCAAUUGGUGGUUCAUUUCGUCUUAUGACAGUCUUAUGAUGCUGCUGUCAAAUAAAGUGUUACCAAAUACCAUAACUAGCAAUUAAUGAAACGACUAGAAAGAAGAAACCUGACUAUAAGACGCCACCAAAUUUGACAUAAAAAUGGCAUUUGUUAGAUAAGCCCCACUGGACUAUAAGCCGCAGCUGACAGACCAAAUGAACCACCAUGAAGCUUUGAACCAAUUGGCUGCAAAGUUUCAUUUGGCCAUCACUGCUUCCUUGGGGGAGAGUCAACCUCCUCAACAUUGGUGUCGUCCAAGCAUGCCUACAUUGCAUUGCCGCGCUACAGAUGUAAAUAACAAAAUUGAUGUUCUGUGCUAAUUAUUUCUUCAGGUACUGAUCCAGUUCUUUCAUUAAUCGCAUGCUAGGACGGGAUCAUUAACUCGCACUAGCUUAGCCACUCCGGAGCCCUGAUAUUAAUAAAUAACUAACAAUCCGCACGGAAUUGGUUGAAAUCAACUCCACCUACUAAUUAAACCCCCGCUAACUCGAAUAUUAAGCCUACUGUUAGAAAUUCUGAACUUCCGCUUUAAGAAUUUGAGUUGGGUCUUCUUAAAAUCUUAAUUCAGCUGGAGAGAGAACAAGGCAGCGCAACUAUCGCGCCCUGAAAAACUAUUGCUCUAUAUAUAAAGUUUAUAAAAUGGCCAACGAUGGUUUUCGCUAUUGUAUGAUAAGGCAAAAUAGGAAUUACUGUGACAGGCCUACUAGUUCCGAUAGUAUUUUUUUAACGCUCGAUUGCGAUACAAGCCUGUGCAGUAUCGUUCAAUUCCGAUAAAUCCAUCCUUUAUAGAAAGACAGUGUUACAAAACAGGCCCGUCGAAGCUACCAGUUUCAAUACACAACCUGCAGCUGCUUCCAUUUUUGUGCCCGACAGGUCAAAAACUGCCAUGUUUCACAAUAUUUGUAGUAUCAUCUUGAUGUACAGUGGAACGAAAAGGUGUCUUGGAAUUUCUCACAUUUCUGCAUAAAAUUACCAUCAAAUGUGAUCUGAUCUUUGUCAAAAUCACACAGAUGAAAAAACUGUGUGUGCUUGAACUAAAACCACCCAAACAUUUAUAGGUUUUCAUUUUUACUGAGGAUACGAUGCAAACAAUGACAGAAGGGGAAAAAUAAGUGAACCAUCACAUGUAAUAGUUUGUGGCUUCCCGAUUUGGAAGCAGUAACUUCAACCAGACGCUUCCUGUAGCUGCAGAUCAGUCUUGUACAACCCUUAGCCUAAGGAGACUUAAAGAGCAAUUGAAACCAAUUUUUUACCAAACAAUUCAAGUCAGGUGCGUGCUCUAUCACUGAUGAGUGGUUGAAAGCUGCCCUGCCCACUAUAAAAUACACACCUGGUAAGAAUUGUCUUGAUGUGCAUCAUGGCUCGGUCAAAAGAGCUGUCUGAAGACCUGCGAUCAAGGAUUGUUGAUGUGUAUAAAGCUGGGAAUGGAUACAAAACCAUCUCUAAAAGUUGACAUAAAUGUUCAUCAGUUGACAUAAAGAGAAGUUGUCUACAAAUGGAGAGAAUUUGGCACUGUUGCUUCUCUCCCAAGGAGUUGCCGUCCACCAAAGAUUUUAGCGCAGAAUACUCAAGAGAAGUAAAAAAGAACCCUAGGGUGUCUGCUAAAGACUUACAGAAAUCACUGGCGUUCAUUGGAGGACUCCACGGAGGAAGCCACUGCUGUCUAAAAAAACAUUGUUGCUCGUUUAAUGUUCGCAAAAAGGCACUUGGAAACUCCACAGAAGUUUUGGCAAAAUAUUUUGGGGACUGAUGAACCCAAAGUUGAAUUGUUUGGGUAACACACAGCGUCGAGUGUGGAGGAAAAUGGAACGGCUUACCAACAUCAACACUUCAUCCCCACCGUGAAGCAUGGUUUGGGGCUGUUUUGCUGCUUCAGGGCCUGGACAACUUGCAAUCAUUAAUGGAAGAAUGAAUUCAAAAGUUUUGCUGGAAAACCUGAGGCUGUCAGACAGUACAAGCUAAAAUAUUUUGUGGACUGAUGAAACCAAAGUUGAAUUGUUUGGGAGAUGUGUGGAGAAAAAAUGGAACAGCUCACCAACAUCAACACCUCAACCCCACUGUGAAGCAUGGUGGAGGGAGCAUCAUGAUUUGGGGCUGUUUUGCUGCCUCAGGACCUGGACAACUUGAAAUCAUUAAUGGAAGAAUGAAUUCAAAAGUUUUGCAGGAAAACCUGAGGCUGUCUUUCAGACAGUUGAAGCUAAAAAGAGGAUGGAUGCUGCAACAAGACAAUGAUCCAAAACACAGAAGUAAAUUAACUUCAGGAUGGUUUCAGAAGAACAAAAUACACGUUCUGGAGUGGCCAAGUCAAAGUCCAGACUUAAACCCCAUUGAGAUGCUGUGGAAUGACCUAAAGACAGUUAUUCAUGCCAGACAUACCAGGAAUCUGACUGAACUACAGUAGUAUUGUUGAGAAGAAUGGGCCAAGAUUAGUGCCAGACUGUUUUGCAGCUAUAGGAAGCAUCUGGUUUAUUGCUGCCAAAGAGGGGGCCACAAAUUAUUAAAUGUGAUGGUUCACUUAUUUUAUCCCCUUCUGUCAUUGUUUACAUAAUAUCAUCAUUAAGAUAUGAAAACCUAUAAAGGUUUGGGUGGUUUUAGUUAAAGCAGACUGUUUUUUCAUCUGUGCAAUUUUGACAAAGAUCAGAUCACAUUUGAUGGUGAUUUUAUGCGGAAAUGUGAGAAAUUCCCAAAAAUUCAGAUACCACUACACAAUAGGUAAGACUGAACAGUAUGAGUAUCAGAACACUUCCUUCUUAGACGUUGCUAUUUUUACACCGGCUAGUGUUGCCUAUGGAUUUAAGCUUGCCAUGUUGUCUUACUUAAACGACGUCACAACUCCGCUAAGACGCGUAAGAUUUAAUUUUGGUCCGGCUUUGAGUUGUUAGGAUCCGAAAUAGGUGAGAACGAGGUGUGUUGAUUUCGGCUAAGCUAGCAAGCAACUGGUUAGCUAUCGAAUGUCAAUGUCUCUAAUCAUUUCAAUACUGAUGCUGCGCAACAACCCUGUUUUCCACUACUUUACUAUUAAAUUGCACUGCAAAGACGGUCAAAAUGAGGAUGUAGCAGUACAUAAAACCACGACAAGGUAAAAUCCUUAAUUUUAAAUCGGUACCCAAUCCGGUUGUCUCGGUAAUUUCGGGUUCUUCCAAGACUUCUGAACACACUACAACUUGCUUGUACGCUCAUCAUGAAUGUUGACUACAGGCGACGCUCCCAAAAGCACUUAAGUGACAUUCUGCUUCCAACAAUUUGUCUCUUGUGUGUUCAGUUGUGGAAUGUUUGUCUGUUCCUCCCUACUUGCUAAUGUAGCCCACAACAUUCCCCCAGUGCCUGUCUUCAACUGCAAACUAUGGAAUGUUAGCACAGACUUUGUGUUGUUUCAUCACCCAAAGGUUCUGGCUUUGUGACUUAUAUUCCCCGACUGGAAAAUUAGACCAAAGCCUUAAAAAUAGUCAGCAAGUGGUAAUAUCUUUCCAAAAUGUAAGCUAACACCUGACUUCCUGUGCUUUUUUUGGAAGUGAAGGUCUUGUGAAGCGCUGCAGCUUUUUGUUUUGAACGCCUUAGCAGUUCAGGUGUUUAACCGGAAGUGAAAAUCCUGACGUGAUCUUUAUAUUUUUAUUGUACAGACUAGCAGUGACAGUAGAAAGUCUUCAGGGACUUGUUUUUUCAAGAUUUAUUUAUCUGAAAUGUGUGUUUUUCUAUUUGAUUUCAGCCGUUUUUCCUUCAAAAUGUCAGCACUGUAGUGUACAUAAGAGUUUUUGUAAAGACAAAUGUGUUGAAAGGUUUCUACUUUAAAUAAUUAAGAGCCCUAAUUAAUAAAAGGCUCUGUGUUCAUUGUUUUUGUUCAUGCUUUGAAUAGAUGGUUCCUAAUUUCAAGGGCGUAGGUUUGCAUAGGGACGGUAGGGACAAAACACUAGCAACUUUUCAGGAUGCUCAAAUUGUCCGCACCAACAUUUGAGCAACCUUAUUUGCGUUUUAUAAUGAGUUCCGUUGUAUAGGUCAUUUAGAUCUUCUUCCCAAUUGUUUGAAUGGUUGUAAUUGACUCCACCGUUAUCAAGUGAGUUAUAUUCAAGUUUAUUUCAGCCAGCAGCAGCCACUGUAAGAAAUUUAAGAAGACGUCAAUGUUGUGGAAGUGGGGAACACGCCACUAAUUUUGCUACUGAAAGCCCGACCUGCAUCAGAGUUAGCAUAACAUUAUUCAUUUUAAUUAUAACUAUUUGCAUUAUGUUCAAACUUCCACGUACUCCUUUUCGCUUGAAUGUGUUGGUCCAUUUUUUUUUUCCUGCUAAACGCACAUUUGAUUGGUUGAUGACUUGACUGCUCUCCCAACUCACACACACACACACACACACACCCAUUAGAUAUUAAGGAUAAUAGACGUUUGUUUUCCCCAGCCAGCAGCAGCCACUGUAAGAUGUAAAAAGGCAUCAAUGUUGUGGAAGUGGGGAACACACCACUAAUUUUGCUACUGAAAGUCUGACCUGCAUAGAGUUAGUAUAACAUUAUUCAUUUUAUUCAUUAUAACUAUUUUCAUUAUGUUCAAACUUACUUACCCAUUUUCAUUUGCUGAAUGUGUCGGUUCAUUUUUCUCCCCUCAAACGCACGUUUCAUUGGCUGAUGACUUGACCCACCCCCGACACACACACUCACACAGCCCCAACAGAAAUACAUGUUAAAAAAAAAAAUGCCGCCUCCUCCACCCCCUUCGAAGAGGAGGGAUAUUAGAAGUAUUUUUCAGCCAGCAGCAGCCACUGUAAAAAGACUCCAAUGGUUUGGAUGUGGGGAACCCAGCACUAAUUUUCUACUGGAAGUCUGACCUGCAUCAGAGUUGGCAUAUCAUUAUUCAUUAUAUUCAUUAGAACUAUUUUCAUUAUGUUUAAACUUACACUUCGUCGUUUUCACUUGCUGAAUGUGUCGGUCCAUUCCCCCCCCCCCCAAAAAAAAGCACGUUUGAUUGGCUGAUGACUUGACUGACCCCCCCAUCCUAACACCCCCCAACACACACACCAAUUAGAUAUUAGGCAUAUUAGAUUUUUUUUUUCCAGCCAGCAGCAGCCACUGUAAGAAAUGUAGAAAGACGUCAAUGUUGUGGAAGUGGGGAACACGCCACUAAUUUUGCUACUAAAAGUCCGACCUGCAUCAGAGUUAGCAUAACAUUAUUCAUGAUAACUAUUUUUAUUAUGUUCAAACUUGCAUUUACUACUCCUUUUCACUUGCUGAAUGUUCCAGUCCAUUUUUCCCCCUCAAAAACAUGUUUGAUUGGCUGAUGACUUCAAACGCCUCCCCACCACCCCCCUUAAGAUAUUAGGGAUAUUAGUUUUUUUUCCAGCCAGCAGCAGCCACUGUAAGAAAUGUUAAGACAUCAAUGUUGUGGAAGUGGGGAACACACCCAAAUUUUGCUACUAAAAGUCUGACCUGCAUCAGAGUUCGCAUAACAUUAUACAUUCAUUAUGACUUUUUUCAUUAUGUUCAAACUUGCACUUACUCCUUUUCACUUGCUGAAUGUGUCAGUCCAUUUUUGCCCCUCAAACACACGUUUGAUUGGCUGAUGACUUCACCCCCCCCCCACCAUACACACACCCAUUUGAUAUUAGGGAUAUUAAAGUUUUUUUUUCAGCCAGCAGCAGCCAGUGUAAGAAAUGUAAAAAGGCGUCAAUGUUGUGGAUGUGGGGAACACACCACUAAUUUUGCUACUAAAAGUACAACCUGCAUCACAGUUAGCAUAACAUUAUUCAUUAGAACUAUUUUUAUCAUGUUCACCCCUUUUCAUUUGCUGAAUGUGUUGGUCCAUUUUUCCCCCUCAAACGCACACUUUAUUGGCUGAUGACUUGACCCACACCCGACACGCACACUCGCACAGCCCCAACAGAAAUAAAUGUCAAAAAAAUGCCGCCUCAUCAACCCCCUUCAAUGAGGGAUAUUAGAAGUUUUUUUCGGCCAGCAGCACCACUGUAAAGAAUUAAAAAAGACGCCAAUGUUUUGGAGGUGGGGAACACACCACUAAUUUUCUACUGAAAGUCCGACCUGCAUCAGAGUUAGCCUAACAUUAAACUGUGUGAACUUGCUAACCUGCAAAACUGGGAUAGGUAGCUGCUUAGAAGUGCACGUUAUGCUAUAUCGUCCCUACCAAUGUUGAGACCAAACCUACGUCCUUGCCUAUUUUGUCUGUUGAAUGCUGUUGUGUGUAGUUUUCAUAACAUAAGAUCGAUGUACACGAAUGGAGGCCAAACGUCCUACAUUUUCAAUACAGAAUCGUUUAUUUCCAACAUCAGCACAGUGCAAAAGAAUGCAAAUAAUUUAUGUAGCGUAGUUUGUUCAUUUCUAAUCGGCAUUUAACUUUUAGCUACAGAAUACAGUACUUUGGACGAAACAAGAAAUGUGCAACAGAUCACAAAUUAGCAAUACUGGAACAUAUUGGCAACAAAACAGGUAAAGUUAUCAUCCAGUGUACGGUUCACAGUAGUCUUAACACAUUCAGUCAUUAUCCCUUUCAGGCGUCUCUCCUCUCAGGAAAGAUGUUGAGGCCCAGCUCGACCAGCGCCCCCAGCAGCAUGGUCCACAAAGGGAUGCACACCAAAGUCAGCUUCACCUCUGCUAGCUUCUCCAGCUUGGCGCACAGCGUCAGGCAGAAGGCUAGCUUUAGCAGCAUGGCCGCCAGGUACCAGGCGCGUAAACGCAGGUCCGGCGAGCCGUUCCGCGGGUCGAAACCCGGCUUGCAGCGACCGGCCAUUUUGAUGGUGAGCAUUAGAAGGAGAAUGCCGUCAAAGACCCAUACAGGUAGGAAGAUGAGGAACCAGUUCCACUGCACCUAAAUGACACCGUGUCAUUUUAUCUGUUUAAAAAGUAAUUAUACCCUACUACACUUAUAAAUACUGGUAUGUGUUACCUUUCCAUCCAGUUUGAGGACUAGCAAAGUCAGGAAGACCAGGGUGAAGACCCAGGUUAACAAGACCCUUUGAGCCAGGGACAUUUUGACUUGAGAAGCGCUGCAAAAGAAAAACAUUUUCUGAUGUUACGUUAUCAUUACAAAAUAAGAGUAAUCAAAAAAGGUAAAUAAGUAUUUGAACACCCUGCGAUUUCGCAAGUUGUCAGACUUCGAAAUGAAGGGCGGGUUUGAAAUUUUCAUGGUAGGUGCUUGUCUACUGUGAGAGACUAUCAAAAAAAUCCCGAAAUCACAUUGUAUGAUUUUUUUUAACAAUUUGUUUGCAUUAUACUACUGUAAAUACACAGUGCAGUCGUCCAGUCCCAUGUGCAGAAAAACACCCCCAAAGCAUUAUGCUACCAUCCCCAUGCUUCACAGGAGGGAUGGUGUUCUCGGGAUGGUUAGGUUAGGAAUUAAGACCAAAAAGUUCCAUUUUGAGCUCGUAUUACCCAUACUCCCGUACUGCCAUGACUCCGCUGGAUCAUCCAAAUGGUCACUGACAAACUUAAGAAGGGGCCAGGACAUGUGCUAGUUUAAGCAGGGGAACCUUACGUUCCAUGCAUGAUUUUAAACCAUGACAACUUAGUGUAUUACCAACAGUAACCUUGGAAAUGGUGAUCCCAGCUCCUUUCAAGUCAUUGACCAGCUCCUCCUGUGUAGUUCUCGGCUGAUUCCUCACCAUUCUUAGCAUCAUUGAGACCCUACGAGGUAGAUCGUGCAUGGAGCCCCAGUCCGAUGGAGAUUGAAUGUCAUGUUUGGCUUUUUCCAUUUUCAAAUAAUUGCUCCAACGGUGGAUCAAACUGCUUGGCAAUUGCCUUGUAACACUUUCCAGCCUUGUAGAGGUCUACAAUUCUGUCACUGAUGUCUUUGGACAGCUCUUUGGUCUUUACCAUGUUCGUAAUUGGAGUCUUCAUGAUUGUAUGGGGUGGACAAGUGUUUAUAUGCAGCUAACCGCCUGAAACAGGUCAAAAAGUUGGACUCAGAAAGUCUACCUCCACUUAUUCGUUGAACUUUUAAAAGGCGACUAAUGGGUCUUUGAGGCUCAAAAUUCUAGCCAAUAGACAGGUGUUCAAAUACUUAUUUGCAGGGGUAUAAUACAGAUAAAUUGUUAAAAAAAAAUCCUACACUGUGAUUUCUAGAUUCUAGAUCAUUUUUAAGUAGGAGAACUUGCAAAAUUCAAAUACUUAUUUUCCUUUACUGUAUCAUAGACUUCAAAACUCUAUUGACCUGACACGUCAUUCUUUGCGCCACGCCUUACCAUAGGGGGCUGAGCUUCAUUUAGUAACAGUCAUUCGAAACAGCACACGUUUAUGUCCAAGCCGGAUUUAAGCUUGGAUUUUUGAUGACGUACGAAAGACGUACCGAAUACAAGCAGGAAGGAUUGUCUCGGGAGUGAUUUGUUCGAGGAUUCAAGGUAAUUAAAUAUAUUUUUUUGUACCAUGCAUGCAUUUCUAAACGUUGUGAAAAAUAUCAAUGGGAGAAAUCAGCCUCUACUGCAUUGGCAUGAUAGUUUGCCACAUUUACGUAAAAUAAACGCUAACUACACGUUUAUUUUAGUUUUUAAGCAAGAAUCGAGACUGUUUUACGUCCAUAUCUAUAAAGAAUUUGACGAUUGAAGCAUUUAUUCAUAAGAAUUUUCGCCAGAAAAGCUGUUUAUGUCAGGCGGCAUUUGCUAACAGAGUAGCAUUGUACUUCAACAUAUUUACGUAAAAUAAACGCUAACUGUACGGUUUCUUUGCUUUUCACAAAGAAUCGAGACUGUUUUACGUCCAUAUCUAUGAACAAUUCGGGGAUUUCGGCAUUUAUUCACAAGAAUUUGGGCCAGAAAAGCUCUGUUCACCUCAGGCGGCCGCUAGCCUCAUUCGAUAGCAGAGUAGCAUUGAACUUUUUCACCGGAAAAGCUCUGUUUACAUCAGGCAGCUGCUAGCUAUAUUCACUAACAGACUAGCGUCAUAGUUUGCAAUAUUUACGUAAAAUAAACGCUACUGCACAGUUUCUGUGCUUUUAACUGAGAAUCGAGAUUGUUUUACGUCCAUAUCUAUGAAGAAUUCGGGGAUUUAAACAUUUAUUCACAAGCUCUGUUUGCGUCAGGCGGCUGCUAGCCUCAUUCACUACAAAUAUAUAUAACUAACCAUACAACUGUAUAAUGACAAUAAAGGGCUAUUCUAUAAUAAGUUGUGAUUGCAUAUAGAAUUUAUUAAUCUAUUUAUAAAUUGUAAUUUAUUCUGCAUGUUUUCCUCAAGAAUGAAGUUUCUGAUGUGAAAAUUGAGUUAUUUUGGACAAAAACUUAUGUUAAUAAUACUAUUGAUCUUGAAAAUACAGGUGAUUAUCUCUGCAUUCUGUGAUUUUUUUGUGUAUCUAGAGUUAAACCUGAGAAUUUUAAAGCCAUUUUAAGUUUUGUCAUACUUAUAUAAAAAUAAUGAAUCGGGAUUUUAUAAGGCAGGGGUCCCCAAACUUUUUCCUGUAAGGGCCACAUAACUUUUUCCUAGUCUGAUGAGGGGCCGGGUCAGUUUGUAACAGAAAAAGUGUGUUGAUUGCAAAAGUGCCUAAAUGAAAAAAAUUAUUGUUUUUCAGAAAGCCACAAUCAAAUAACCCUUUAUGGAUUCUUCACGGAACAAAAGUAAAUAAAAUAAUAAUAAUAUAAUAAUUACAAUAUUCAUUAAAUAGAUAAUAACCAAAUAGCCCUCUCUGGGUUCUUCACAGAAAAAAGCCA